GAAAUGUUCCUGCUCUGUGUCAAACUUCUCUGAAGGGGGUCAAGGCACAUUCAGCCAGCGUGGGAAAGCGAAGAAGAGACGGAGCUCACAGACAAAAUGGGGGGUAAAGAGCGUUAAAACAGGAAAAAAAUGAGAAGAGCAUGGCUUGGAGAAUAUAUCACGCUUUUGUCCUAUGACCUCCCAAAAAAAGUUGCAGUAGGACCACCCCACCCCCCAACCCCGGUAUUAUAGUUGCUGCUUUGCUUGAGCUGCAGUUGAAGGGGUGGUAGUUUACUGCUGAGGGAUGGGGGUUACAGAAGCGUGCACCAUCCGACUACCUGUGUGGGAUCUGCGAUGUGCUGUGUGUUAGUGUGAACAUUUAUCCAAAGGAGGCAUGUUUCAUCAUUUUAUGGACAAGACCAAUGUGGCGACUUUCACUGAUAACAUGAAAUAAGGCAUUGCACGUGCCAACAACUUGUUAUGUGAGGAUGGCUUUGUAAAAAUCCUGGCUCUUCACAUUCGUCGGGAUUCCCCGCAAUAUUCUUAACAAGAAAAAAAAUCCGCAAAAAUGGACAAUGAAAGUGUAGCACAACAAUACGAGCCCGUCGCCGAGAUUGGCGAGGGUGCUUACGGAAAGGUGUACAAGGCACGAGAUUUGAAGAACGAGGGACGCUUUGUAGCCCUAAAAAGAGUUCGGGUACAGACGGAGGAGGAAGGGAUGCCCCUCUCGACCAUCCGGGAGGUAGCGGUACUGAGGCAACUGGAGGCAUUCGAACACCCCAACGUGGUCAGACUGUUCGAUGUGUGUACCGUGUCUCGGACCAACCGUGAGACCAAGCUGACCCUGGUCUUUGAGCAUGUUGACCAGGACCUGACCACGUACCUGGAGAAAGCCCCUGAUCCUGGGGUGCCACCUGAAACUAUCAAGGAUAUGAUGUACCAGCUGCUGCAGGGGUUGGACUUCCUGCACUCACACCGUGUGGUUCACCGGGACCUGAAACCCCAGAACAUCCUGGUCACCAGCGGAGGACAGAUCAAACUGGCCGACUUCGGUCUCGCCAGGAUAUACAGCUUUCAGAUGGCUCUGACCUCUGUGGUGGUGACGUUGUGGUACAGAGCCCCAGAGGUGUUGCUCCAGUCCAGCUAUGCCACCCCAGUUGACCUGUGGAGUGUGGGCUGUAUCUUCGCUGAGAUGUUCAGGAGAAGACCUUUGUUUAGAGGAAGCUCAGAUGUUGAUCAGCUGGGCAAAAUUUUUGAUGUGGUUGGGGUUCCCUCGGUGGAGGACUGGCCCCAGGAAGUAGCCCUGCCACAGAGUGCCUUCUCCCCACGACCCCCUCAGCCAAUCGGAAACCUCAUCCCUGACAUGGACGAGCUGGGGAAGUCCCUUAUACUCCAAUUCCUGGAGUUCAAUCCCUCCAGAAGGAUAUCAGCGUUUGCUGCUCUGACCCACCCCUACUUUCAGAGUGUGGAUAGUGACAGUAGGAGUGUGUACGCUCAGCCCAUCGCCAGCAACAAGCCCACCAUGGAGGAGAGAGCUGCCUGACAGCCCCCCGGCCCAGGACUGGAGAGAGAGAGAGAGAGAGAGAGAGAGAGAGAGAGAGAGAGA